AAAAAUUGAUUCACAGUGACCUCUCGGUCCGAGUCUGAAGCCACCACAACAACCGCCACAGCCCGGGAAACUCCUCUUUCUCUCUCUACUCUCCGCUCUCAUUUUUCUCUCUCUACUCUCUCUCUCUAUAUUGCUAUAAAAAAAACAGCGGCUCCGAAGCGGACGAAGCAUCGGUACGAUCGAAAAACCAGGGUUUCAGAAAAUAGGGCAAAAAAGAACAAAAAAAAAAAAAACCCUACAAAUAGAACCAAAAUCGAAGUAAUCAGAUUUUGGUGCUAAAAGAUGGAAAUAUGGGGAAUGGAGGAGUCUCAACCACCAAUUUCUAAAAAUCGAUAAUUUUUUUUCGAGAGAAAGGCAUUGGAAGUUGGCGUCGACUGCUUUACUAUUGGGAUCUUUUACUCAGUAACCAUUGGAAAUGGAGGAGGCUUUACUGCAGGGCCCAAUUGGAUUGAUGGAGAAAGCAGGCAAUGUGGUUUUGGAUAUUGAAAGUCUCACACAACCACCGGAUAAAUGUUGCACUGGGAGCCCAAAAAUGAGCAGAGCCCUUUCUCGUAAGGGUUCAAAUCGCAUGGAGAGACGAAGUGGGGAGGAGCAAGAAACAGAUGAUGCAUCCAAGAAGCUUGUAGUUAAAGUCGUGCCAUCUCAGCUGGAUCAGCUGAAGCUGCCGCUGGUGCCAAAUAAAGCUCUCGUAGCAGCACAACCAGCAGCAGGCAGCCCAGUAAUAACUGAUUCUGGAGAGGCAAGGAACAAGAGAUUUCAUCGUUUAACAGCAAUCCACCCCCGGAAAAUACUUCUUCUGUUUGCAACUGUGUCGAGCAUGGGGACAAUGAUCCUCAUAUAUUUCACGCUCGCCAUAAAUCGACGAGGCGGAGCUUAACAGCUGUAAACUUUCGGCAGUAUUAAUUUCUCCACUUGCUUUUCUCGACGAUUCCAUCGCAGAAGCACAGCGAGAGGCAGCUACUCCUAUUUACUACCCACUGAGGUGCUCAGAAGUGUUUUCGGCCCCACUUCUUCCAUCUCUUUUGAGCAUAUAUUAUUAUUGAAUGAUGGUGGAAACUAUUUACAGAAAAAUAACUGCACUGCUCUGCUCUACUCUGCUCUGUUGGAUGUAUUUUGGGAGAUUGUGUGUUAGUGGUUCCCAAACUUUAGAAGCUUGAAUUUGAUAGUAUGGGAGCAGUGAGUGCAUUUGAUUUCACUUGCUCUUGGAAUUGACUUGUAAUAUACUAUACCAGAGAACCUAUUCUAUGUACUUAUUGCAUUUAAUUUAGGGGUUAUUGCUUAUA